AAAGCUAUCGUAAAUCCAAUGGACAUCCAAACAUCAAGUGCUGUUCUGUGGACGUGUAUAAAAGCUACAGCCAUCUGGAUCAUUUCAAUGCUUUUGGCAGUCCCUGAAGCCGUGUUUUCUGAAGUGGCACAUAUCAACGGAUCAGACAAUGUCAGCUUCACAGCUUGUAUCCCAUAUCCACAAAAUGAUGACAUGCAUCCAAAGAUCCAUUCUGUCCUUAUAUUCUUGGUUUACUAUCUUGUUCCACUGACUAUUAUAAGUGUUUACUAUUAUCAUAUUGCUAGGACUUUAAUUAAAAGUGCACACAACAUCCCUGGAGAAUAUAGCGAGCAUUCAAAGCGACAGAUGGAAACGCGAAAACGUCUGGCAAAAAUCGUUCUGGUGUUUGUUGGCUGCUUUGCACUCUGCUGGUUUCCAAACCACGUCUUAUACAUGUACCGGUCUUUUAACUACAAUGAAAUUGAUCCUUCUUUAGGACAUAUGAUAAUAACAUUAGUGGCCCGUGUCUUAAGUUUUUCCAAUUCAUGUGUAAACCCUUUUGCACUCUACCUAUUAAGUGAGAGUUUCAGAAGACAUUUUAACAGCCAACUGUGCUGUCGUAAAAAGAAACACCACCAAAGGUCUACCAGCUACCUGCUUAAUUCAUCUAAUGUCCGAAUGACUUCUUUGAAGAGUAAUGUUAAGAAUACAGUGACCAGCACUUCUCUUCUCAAUGGUCAAAGUCGUCAAGAAGCAGCAUUGUGA